AUGGCCCCCAAGAAGAAGACGCUGUCGAGUCUCACCCAAGGACGCCCGCCGUUGGCCAAGCCAAGCCGUUCCAUGACUCGAAAGGCAAGCAGGACACUGAUCAACAAGCAUCAUCACUUGGAAAAGACCCGAGCAAGGGCCAUCAGGAGUGGCGACAAGGAAACAGAAGCAAAGGUGGCAGCCGAAAUCGAGAGUCUGGGAGGAUUGGAUCACUAUCAAAAGGCCAGUCUGCAGGGACAAAGUAUCGACAGAGGAGGAGACACAUCACGGGUUCUUAUGGAAUGGCUUCCACUGGACGAACUAAAGCAGCAGCCUCGGCCUCUUCAGAUGCUCGAAGUUGGAGCACUCAGCACUCGAAAUGCGUGUUCAACCAGCAAGGUCUUUAACGUUCAGCACAUUGACUUGAAUAGUCAGGAGCCAGGCAUCCUUCAGCAAGAUUUUAUGGAGAGGCCAUUGCCUGAGAACGGCAAAGGAGAAUUCGAUAUUAUCUCGCUGAGCCUGGUACUCAACUUCGUCCCCGAUGCCUUUGGCCGCGGCGCCAUGCUUCUACGAACACUCUCGUUUCUCAAGGACGACGUCGACAGUACGAUUACCACCGAACCGCUCUUUCCUUGUCUCUUCGUUGUCUUGCCCAGGAGCUGCGUCGACAAUUCGCGAUACUUUACAGACGAGAGGUUUGACGAGCUGAUGGCUAUGCUCAACUACGCACGAGUAAGAAGCAAGAAGACGACCAAGCUAGCCUACAGCCUGUGGAGGAGAACAGGGGGAGCUGCAAAGGCAGGGCUGACCUUUUCAAAGCAAGAGGUCAACCCGGGCAAGACCAGAAACAAUUUUGUCAUGACACUCAAAGGGCAACAGACAUGA